ACUGCCUCGCCUUGAGUCAUCAAAUAUUUUCAGUUCAGUCAGUAGAACUUGUGCUCGUGCAAGUACUGUUAAGUUGCGGUACAGUUCUUGCCCAUUUGCGUUUAUAUUUUCUCGAAUUUUUAUCUAUUUUAAACGUUAUAUUCAUUUUCUUUUAAUGCCAUGAUAUACUAAGAUUAUAGAAAUAGUGUAACAAGAUGUCAAGUACUGAAAUCAAUGCGACAGCUUCUGAAACAACUAGAGAAGAUAUACCGUUAAAAUCUGGUACUAAACAAUCAAAAUGGUACAGUUGUAGCGAUGAAUGUUUGACUGGAUCUAAGUUUAUUAAUAUAGCCUUUGGUACAUUAACUGUUGUUAUAACAAUAGCUUUACUGAUUCAAAUUUACUACGGAGACUAUCAGGUUGUACCUCAUGGUAGUGUGGCAACAGACAGUUUGGAUUGUUCAAGAAUCGGUACCCAAAUACUUAAGCAAGGCGGUAAUGCAAUCGACGCUGCAAUAGCAAGUACAUUUUGUUUAGCAGUAGCAACUCCACACCUUACAGGCCUGGAUGCAGAAGGGCAAAUUCUGAUUUAUAAUCAUAGAACGAGACUUCUGCCCAAUGUCAUUGAUUUCAGCUCCACAAAUGUGCUAUCUGAUCGCAUGCCUCGGUUGGUACUUGGAUUGGCCUAUGUUCAUCAACAGUACGGAACUUUGCCUUGGAAAAAGCUUAUAGAUCCAUCUGCAGAACUAGCAGAUAAUGGCUACGUUGUGUCAAGAGAAUUAGCCGAUGUCAUCAUAAAAUCAAAAGCCGAAGACCUGUAUGGUAGAUUGGAACCAGGACAGAACCUGCAACAUAAGCUUUUAAGUAAUACUUUGAGAACUAUAGGAAACAUAACUGAAAAAGAAUUGUACAGUUAUCUAGACUCAGCUCAUCAACCUGUUCAAUCUCAAGGCAUAAAAUCAAACUUCCAUAAUUAUGACGUAUACGUGCCUAGUCUAGCGUCUAUUGGACCAAUUUUACUGGUCAAUUUAAGAGAGAUUGAAGAAUUUAACUUCACUAAAAUUGACAUUCAAUCGAAUAAGGCUAUUGUUGAUUCUACUCUAUAUGUCUAUCAAGAAUUUAAUGUCAAUGAUAAAUUUCAUGAAGGAACGUCAACAAGCGUUGCUGCAAUGGAUUUAGAUGAGAAUUAUGUAUCAUUAGUUACGGGCAUGUACAACUACUUUGGUUCUGGAGAAAUGACUUUGCACGGAUAUGUUUUAGAUGUUAAAAACAAAACGAAGCCCUGUAGCAGGAUUCCAAUCAUUUUAACAGACAGCUUCUAUAUUUGUGGUAAAAGAAUGGCUUUUGGAGCUAAUGGCAUAGCUCAAGCCAGUCAAAUCAUCUCGAAUUUAGUGAUCGGGGGCCAGAACACGACUGAUGGAAUUGAAGCACCGAGAUUUUAUGUACUGCCUAACGGAACUGUUGCUAUUGAAGAAGCUCAUCUGCCUCGAUUCUCUGCCGACUUAAUACAAUAUAUAAAAAAUAUCUAUGGAAAAGUUCUUACUGUUCCCGAACCUUAUUAUAGCAGCAAUAUUGUAGAAAAAUCUCAAGAUGAUCUGAGUUCGCACUCAGAUAGUCGAGGUGGCGGCAUAGCAAGCAGAUUUUAAUAUUAAUUUAGGUUACUUUUGAACUAGCAGGUCUUUGAAUAAUGUAUGGCUGUGACCAAGUUAUUUUUUUUAUUUUAUUUAUUCAAUGAUUAGGCUUACUUUUAUAUCAUUGCAUUAAUGUUAUGUUAAUUAAAUAAAAAUUAAAAUGUA